AAAAAAUCACACAAAAGCCCUAAUAGAGAGCAUUUUUUCCCAUUUCCCCAUAUUCCCUUGGCAUUGUCUUUGCCUGGAAAUUGUGUCGGAGUGACCCAUUUUCGUGAAUAAACUAUCCACACGAUCACUUACAGACGGUCUGGAUUUCACGUGAGUUUAGUUUAUUUGCUCUUCCUUUCAAAUAAAUGUUUACAGGUUUUUAAUGCACAAACUUCAAACCACUGACGCUUUGUUUGGCUUAAAGCUAAAGGCCAUCGGGGAAUAAACUUUGAAACGAAAAGAAAAGCUAAAUGUGGAGAUUUUAGAGGGGGGAGAGGUGGAACUUGUUAGCUCUGACUUCUGCUGUAGCUAAUGGAGAAACUCAUGAUCAGACACGAUGAGGUCCAGUUUGUAAAUGCUUAUUAGAAAUUUGAGGUUUGUAUUUGAAGUCUUUCAAUGAUCUUUUUGACUCCUGGCUAUCCUCUUUGUCCUCAGUUGUCAAUAUAUUGAAAAUGAGCAACCCUGAGAAGCCCAAAGCGAGCACUACUCCACACAUAGUGAAGGAGGAGGUAUGUUUCUCUGUUUGUUUUUAACGGAAUUUCUCUUACUAAUGAUGUUUACCUUUAUCCGGUCUUUGUCAUGAAGAUAGUCUACUCUUUUCUGUCAAUGUACACUGGAGAUCACAAUUAGAGAACAACCCACAAUUUCCUAAAUGUCAAGUUCGCUGCAUUGUUCUGUUAUAAAAUAAUCCAAACCUAAGUAUAAAAGCAGAAUUUUAUGCAUAAUGCAUGAGUUAGAUAUAUUAUGAGGCACAGUAUGAAAAGCUUAAAUGAGAUACUUUUCAAAAAGCACUGAAAUUAGAGAACUAGAGUGCUAGUCUGUCACCUGACAGAAAGACAAAUGAAAGAGAGGACAGGAUAAUACAGAGAACCUCAAUGGACAGUCACUUCAACACUGCAGCUGGAAUUGUCCCCCAGUCCAGUGCUGAACAAGGUAAGACUCUGUCACAUCAUACAGUGUCUCGAUGUUUGAGAUUAUGUGGACUGAAAGCCCACUCUGCAGUGAGAAAGAAGGAGAAAAGAAUCAAAGCUAGACUAACUUUUACUGAGGAACAUGUUGUGUGGACAGAGGGAAACUGAUCAAAAGUUCAUUUCAGUGAUGAAAGAAAGUUUAAUUUAUUUCGGUCAGAUGGAAAAUGCUAUGUUAGUCAUCAAACCUGACGACUGUUAUGGUUUAGGGAAUAUUUUCCACAGCAGGAGUUGGGCCUCUUUUACAGCUAUGUAGCAGAGUGAAUGCAAAUGUUUAUCAGAACCUUCCUUGACAACAUAUGAUUCCAUCCCUGCGUUCAUCAUCCAAUCAGACAGUCAUUUUAAUGCGGGACAAAGCCCCCUAUCACACAGCAAAACAAACAAAGCAGUUCCUUGAAACUAAAAACAUUAAAUAAUGAAAUGGCCAGCCCAGAGUCCUGAUCUAAACCCAAUAGAAAACCUCUGUUGAAACACAGUUGUGGCCAAGAAACCCACAACAGUCACCCAACUGUGGAAGAGACUUAAAAAAGAGUGGACCAAAAUCUCACCAGAGCACUGUGAGGGACUGGUGAUGUCUUGUGGCUGUAGAUGUGCUCAAGUCAUUCAAAACAAAGGCCUGUACACUUACUAAUGUGUGACUGUCCUAACUUUUAGAAUAUUUUGUUGUAGUCUUUCUUUGUGCUACAGACAUUGCUGUUCUUUCAUUUUGAUCAUGUUCUCUGCAAAAUGAAGGUUUUUGUUGUUGAAAUUCCUUGUUUUGUUGUAUAAUAGUAUUGCUAAACAAUGAAAACAAUCCUUAAAAUGUUGAGCAAUGAAGAUUUUAAUAAUUAUUAUAAGAUUAUUAUAAUGUAAUAUUUUGGAAUAAGUCAAGUGUUCCUUAGUUGUUCUCUAAUUUUGAUCUCCAGUGUACAUCUGGCAUGCUUGUAUACCUAACUUCAGAUUGAGUUUGUUUUGAGCAGAAGUUAAAGAUCAGACAAAGUUCGGUGUGUUUUCAUAUUAAAAAAGUGAGUAACAUGUUGCUAACAGGGCCAUUUGGAUCAUUUAAGCGUUGUGUGUAAAAUGUCUGCGUUGCAGCUCAUUGCAGCAGGAAAAUGGGUGAAGCUUGAGAAGACAACAUAUGUGGAUCCUGCGGGAAACGUCAGGUAUGCUCCCGUCUGUUUAACAUCACUUGGUUUCAUGUGCGCAGUUACAAUCUCUGGUUUUAUCCUUCAGGACUUGGGAGACGGCGAAGAGAACGACGAGACAAGCCAACACAGAGGCAGAUGGUGUUGGAAUAAUCGCCCUGCUGAAACGGACCCUCCACAAAGACUGCGUUGUGAUGGUUAAGCAGUUCCGUCCUCCGCUGGGAUGCCACUCUCUGGAGUUUCCUGCAGGUUAAUAGAUCUCUAGAAGAGUCAAUUUUGCCAUUUUUAUCCUGCGAUCAACCAAAACAAAUCAAACAAUCCCUUAAUUUGUCCUCUAGCCUUUUUAGAAACAUUUUCACCUUCUUGCUGUUCUCAGGGUUGAUUGAUGAGGGGGAAACUGCAGAAGCUGCAGCACUGAGGGAGCUGAAAGAAGAAACCGGCUACCAGGGGGAAGUAGUUGGAGUCACUCCAGGUAUCAUCACACAAAGACCUUCUGUUGUCUAGAUUGCAUUAGCUCCCUCUCUCUUUCUCUUUGCAGGAUGUUUCCCCCGUGUGCAUCGGAUUACUUAAGUGAAAAUAAGUUAAACUCAAUUUUGAUCCUGGGACAGUAAAUUACAUGAAGCUCUGUUGUUUUGAUGGCAGUGACCUGCCUGGACCCUGGUCUGUCAAAUUGCACCACCCAGAUCGUCCUGGUCAACAUCAACGGAGAUGAAGGAGAGAAUAUCAACCCAACGCAACAGCUCGGUGAGAAAACACCCACACACACUCUGAAAAGUAGAUAAUCUCAUUUACUUUUUCUCAGCUCCUUUUAAAGGGAUAUUCCGGUGUAAAAUUAAUUUAGUGAUCGUACACAUGAUGUUUGAUGGUUUUUGCCCUAAAUGACGUUUUUUUGUUUGUUCUUCCACAGGUGAUGGAGGUCAGUAACGUUUCUUCUUAAAACAGAAAUAAUCCUUCCUUUGUAAUUCAAGUUCUCAACCACACUUUUAUCCUCUUCGUCCAGAGUUUGUCGAAGUCGUCCUUUUACCUCUCGACGAGUUCCAGAGGAACAUGGACGGUGAGGCUUCGACUUGUCCUGUAUGAAUGUUUGUACAAGAACACACACACUCUGACACUGAAUUUGCUUGAUCCUGCAGACCUGCUGAAGAAAGAAAAAAUCAUGGUGGAUGCCAAAGUGUACAUCUUCGCCAUGGGGAUGGUUCAGGCCUUCUUUAAGCCCCGAGAGCUGCCGGUCCUGAAACAGUGAUUCUCAAAACAUUCAGGAUGUCUCUGUUACAGCCCUCCUGCUACUGCACAGGACUGUACCAAUAGUAUUAGGAAAGGUAAUUCUUCCAAACGUUGAUAAGAAUCGGUAUGAAAAGUUGUUGCACUGUGCUUUUAGACUGGAUGUAACCUGAUAUUUUGAUGUUGUUUCGAUGAAGUGCAAUGACCAAUCGCAGGGCAGUCAGACGACGCAACACUGCUCUGUGUGUGACGACGUAGAUCUGAAUCUGAUACUGGAAAUGAACUCUUAAAAAAGCAACAAAAAACAAUCUUAUGAAGAAGCACUACACAUUACACACUCAACUGUACUAUCAUGAAGGCCUGUAGCAGACUGCAGUGGCUGAUUUCAGGCCUCAGCUGAAGUUUUAUGCCUUAAGUAGCAGAACCUUGAUUCCAUUUUUAUGAGGUUAUAAGUAGUGUUGUAUGUUGCAGUUUGUUUAGUCAUUGUAACACAUUCACCUUAAUUUUCUAACAGUUUUUUUUUUACUUAUAUGACUACUGUAUAUAACAUUCAUUUUUACAGUAGCAGUUUUUUUACACUUGUCAUAAAUCAUCUGUUAAUAGGAGUACUUAAACACACUGGAGUUUUUACAUCGUUUCGGAGUCAACCUGAAAAUUUUGCAAGGAUACAGAAUUAAAAAUGUGUUUCGAUUCAAAACUUUAGAAAGGUUUCCAAGGGCACUAAAGGAGUCCAAGUCCUGACAAGUUUCAAAUUGGAUCUCUGUGUAGAAGUCCUACAUUUAGGUUCAAAAUCAGGAUUAUUAGAAUAAAGCCAGAAUGAUAUUGUGAGUUCAUGUCACUCAUUUUAAAGCCAAGUUUCUGAGACUAAAAUUGAAAGUUUAGGUCUGACUUCUGUAUUCAUCAUUUGAAUUCUGGGACUACAGCUUGACUCUGACCAAAACCCUUAUGCUCUUCCAUAAUAGAGGUCAAUUCAUCCCCAGAAAACCAGACCACAGUCAACAGUCGUCACUUCCUGGCUCACUUUCCUCCUUUAACUUUUGUCGAGACUAAUCUUAGGACCAAAAUCAUAAACUCACAAGUUAAGAGGAUGGAAACGAGCUGAUAGUCACGUACAGAGUUACUUAUGAGAUCAGUCAUUUUUUUGGUAUAUGAAUAACAGUUGUACAUGUGUAGUAAUUUUUGGGGAUCUUACUUAAUUGUAAUGUACUAAAGAGAUACUGUAACAUAAAGAAAUUAACUGUUAAAAGGAAGUAAUUCAUGCUGUGCCUCCAACCUUGUUAUGGUGCAAUAACUGGUUAUGGAUGUUGUUGAGUUAGAAAUAAUGGACCAAUGAAUAAAUGUAAGAGAACCAGUGCUUUUACCUGAAUCUGCUCUGUCUCUGUUUGUCAAAACACCUGAG